AUGGACAACCGAGAGAGAGAUGCUCGGAACUACACACCGCGCUCGCGAGAUGCGAGCUCGCUCAACGAUGUUACCAACAGCUCGGUUCUUCGCCACGCCCUACGCGAGCGCCGGUUUGCUCGCAACCGCAAGGCCUGCUUGCCCUGCCGAGAGCGCAAAGUACGAUGCGACGGCUCACUGCCAUGCCUGACCUGCAGCAAGCGCCAGCACCCGGAUCUCUGCCAGUUCUACCAGCCCCGGCCAUAUCCAGUCCAGCCAGAUGACGGCGCAAGAAAGACUCCGGAAGCAGCACCCCAGAAAUGGUCCUUAUCGGCCUCUCCCAGGACCGGAACCAGUCCCUCGAUUCUGGGCGACAGCUCCAUUCUGGCCGUGACGAGACAGAGCGAUGCACCAUCACACCCCGAGCCCGACCGCCAGUCCGCGUUCGAAGACGGCAUUCUCCCGCUCCUGGGGAUUCGUGGAAGCAGCUGCCUGUCCACGUCGAAGCACCGCCAGGACGAUUUGUUCGUCGGGGGCGUGAACAACAGAGAGGCCGUUUUACUGUUUGAGACAUACCGCCACAGCAUUCACCCGUUCCGGGCCAUUGUCUAUGAUCUGACAGAGGUGGAAGAGUUGAUGUGCUCGCUUCUGGACCCCUGUAUUGAGCCACAAGGCCGAGGGACCCCCGACAUUCCAGACGCUAUUGCUUCGCGGCACACCAUGCAACUCCGCGCUCUGCUUCACGCCAUACUGGCCUAUGGAGCCCAGUUCUCAGACUUCCCUGUCGACAGACGGAUCCAGUUGACCCAGAAGCAUCUGACAUAUACUCUCAACAUCUUACGCAGCGUGCAAUACCUCUCCAAUCCCAGCAAAGAGACUCUGCAGACGCUCAUGGUGCUGGGAUGUGUGCUCCAGAAUGACAUGCAGCCGCAGGCUGCUUGGAUGCUCGGCGGUACCACCAUUCGGCUUGCCAUCUUCCUCGGUAUAGACAAGCGAUCCAACCAGUACACAUCGGGCAUAUCCCCCGAGGAAGCAAAGUUCUUGCGGCUAGCAAUCACAUGGCAGGAUUCCCUUCUUUCGUUGGCUUUUGAUCGCCCGCCAGCAACGUACGAGAUGGACCAUGAGGACGACUUGACUCCGCUGGACAUGGCCAAUAUAGGGACCCUGAACUAUCGCAAGUGCAUAAACUGGCUCAGCCAUCUGACCCUGCGGCAUUCUUCCGCUCUUCGAUCAGGUUCUUCCAUGUCUAGCAAGCAGUAUAUGGAGCUGUUUGAGCAAGUCGACGCUAUGGACAAGUUUCUCAUGCCGUAUCUACAGGACCGCCAGAUGUGCUCUUGCUUGAAAGAGGUGCAGGAGUACUACGGACUUCAGUUGCACAGGAACUUCCUUCUGUCCACUCUCUGUCGACCGCUGCUGUCUAGCAGGGUGCGUUCGUGCAUGUCCGAGGACGAUGCCAACGCCAUUCUGCAGCGGUUCUACGUAUCGCUCAGACAUGGCGCACGUUCCUUUUUACAUCUCCGCUCCAUCACAUGUCAGGCGAAACGAUCCUGGGCCUUUGUUCACAACGGUCUGACCUCUGUUCUUCUCCUCAGCUUCAUGAAAGAGACCCGAAAUCUGGAGGAAACGAAGCAAAUGCAAUCCGAGCUGCUGGAGAGUCUCAUGGAAGAAGACGACUGUGUUGUCAGCGGCCGGGAAUCCGGACCUCUGACGCAAUUGUCCACGACACACCAGAAAGCCGUUCUAGCCAUCCAAGCACUAGCGAAAUUGACGAAAGAAGAAACCACGACGACAACAGAGGACCUGACAGCCCCUCCUUUCACAUCACAUGGACCAAAUGCGGAUGACGCGCCGGCCCUGCCGGUGCUGCCGGAGGAAGACAUUCAAGCCGGGACUCUGGACAUGGAUGAGCUUCUGCGCAACAUUGAUUAUAACUGCUACUCCCCUCUGGAGGCCCUUGAUUUUAUCUUGUCCGACCAAAGCAUGUCUGGACAGGAUGCUUUUUUACUCUAA